AAUAUUUAGCGUCUAUGCUGUUGUGGUUUUUCUACAUAUCCGUUCAGCCCCACGUGCUUCGCCACCACGUGCCCUCCCCGUGAGAAUCCGUCAGAUUUUGUCGACGAAGCUUUAAACUUUGUGUUAGUGAAGUAAACUAAAACUAUACCCUCCUGAUGAGGUUCCAACUUAGUACGGACAAUAAUUUCCCUCGAAGAUGAUGCGUAGGGCCAGAAUCAGUGUGCGGCCAAAUGUGAGGCCUGUGGGUAGAGGACCAUCAUCUUCCCAAGAUGGUCAAAGUAUACUUGCUUCAACAGUUAAUUCUCUGGCAGCUGGGGAAACCAGCCAGACCAUAGAGAUGGUGUCAAAUGUCACAGAUAAUGAACCUUCACCAGAAGAUUCUGCCAUAAAGUUCCCAGAAGCUUCAGAAUUCACCUCUACCCAUGACACACUAUCAGAAAAAGCUUUGUGUAAUUUGGGUGAGAAUGGUCAAACUUGUGUGACCUUCGAUGACUGCAUCCCUGCAGACACCUCAUUAAAGAGGAGAGAAAGUGUAUCUGAUGUGUGUAACAUUGCACAACCCAGAGUGAUUCCCAAACCCUUAUCUGCUAAAGCAUUGGAGUCUUCUGUUUCAAAAUCUGUCACAAUGGCAUCAUGUUCUGUGGCUCCAGUAUCUGUCCCUGAAGACCAAACAGUAACAGAGGAUGAAGGCCUUCAGUCUCGAGGACAACAGAAGCUCCCUGUUCGAGGAAAGCGACCCAGGAAAGCAAAGAAUCUAGGACUUUCUUUCGCUGGUGUGUGUGUCCCUUCUCCAGAGGAUCUGGCUGUUUCUAUGAGGAAAGAAUCAGAGUCCCAGCCCUCAACAUCCGCUGUAGUCCAUGAAACAUCAAGCAUGUCCUCAUAUCAAGAGAGGAUCAUAAAGUCACGCAUGUUAAAACAGCUAAUGAAAGAUGAACUGAGGAAAGGAAGGACAAAGCACAAGCCACACCUGGAAUACAUAAAUCCUCUGGAUCACAGCAAGAUGACCAUGAGAGAUCUCAUCUACUACCUGCCAGACGGCAAUCCAAUGAAGUCCUGUAUGAAAGAUGAACAAACAGGAAAGGAGAAUCUACGAUUACUCAGCAAUGAGAGAAAAGAAAUACCACAGAAGGAGGCUGAAGAAGAGAAAGACGAUUGUGAUGAGGAUUUAUCUCAGAAUGACGAUGAGCUCGUAGUCCCCAAGGUGAAAGUUGCAGAAGAUGGUUCCUUGAUCCUUGAUGAGGACAGCUUGACUGUGAAAGUCUCAAAAACUACAGGCCCCGCUAUAGUGGAAGAGAAUGACCCUCUUUUUGAGUGUGGUUCUACAGCAACAUAUUCUAGCUUUCGGAAGAUCAGACACGUGAAGCCCUGGUCCAUUAAAGAAACUGACAUGUUCUUUCUGGCUAUCAGUAUGGUGGGUACAGAUUUUUCUAUAAUUGGCCGCCUCUUCCCUCAUCGUCCCCGGAAGGAAAUCAAGAACAAAUUCAGAAAAGAAGAGCGGAUAAAUGCUUGGAGAAUUGACAAAGCCUUCCGUGAAAAACGUCCAUACGAUGAACAGUUUUUUAGCAUGCUGUUGGGGAGAAUCUUGACCACAGAAAAGAAAAAGAGAAAUGUCAAUAUGCGAGACUCUAAAGCAAAAAAAGUGAAUAACCAGGAGUCUAAGCCAAAAAAAAAGAAAAUGAAGACUAAAAUAGAAGUGUCAGUCAUGGAAAAUGCUCAGCAAGAUGAGAGUCAUAUUACUAUCGAGGAAGAGGAGUCGGACUGCAGAGUGACUGAAGGUAAUAUGGAGAUGACAGAAAAGAACGAGGACUCUAUUAAUGUUCUGAAAGUUGGAAACAAAACGCUCCCCAAUAAAAAACCGGGUAAGCGUAGGAACACUGAAGAGGUGUUAGACACCUCUUCAGCAAAGCCAGUGGAUGGAAAAAAAAGGAAGAUGAAGACCUCAGUUGAAAUAAUAAACUGUGAUAAAGUUGGUGAUGCUCAAACAUCUAGUGAGGAACCUGAAAGCACAAUGGAACACACUGCAUCAGGGGACAGAAGCAAUGGAGCUACUGGCAUGUUAUCCCCAUCUUCCAGACGGUGCUGCCAGAAUCCAACUGCCAAUAUAGGCAAGAGAGUGAGAAAGAGAAUCCCUGGAUCUCCAGAGAACAGAGAGAUUUGCAGCGCAGAAGAUGAAAGCAGAGUUAACAGUAUCUGUGUGUCUACGGUUGAAAAUGAAGCAGCCAUUUUGAAUAGGGAAGAGGUUAAGAAGGCUGGCCAGAUAAUCACGCCUGGAGAGGAUUUUCUGGAGGAACCGGAGAAUAUGGAUUGCCAACUCAAUAGGUUUGAAGGUCAUGAAGAUAUGUUCAGCUCAGGCUCUUCAGUCAAACACAGACCUAGAGAAGCAUGUACUCUGACUAGCAUUCCUGCCAAAAAGAGUUGCCAGGAAAAAGAAUACAGUGCCAGUAGUUCCCCAGAUGGUGUUAAAGUGGACACAGUGAACGAUGAAAGUGCCAUUAAAUACAUUCAGAAUGUCCCCACAGAAAACGGUGAAAAAGAGUCAAGUGAGCAGAAUGGGAUACAGGAUGAAAUGGCAAGGGGUACAGAUAUUAUGGACCCUUCUCUGGAGAAGAGAAACCAGAUUCCGGGUUUGGCACAGGUGGCACAGAUCCAACGAAGCAGUGCGGUUCAAAGCAAUGAUGUAUCACUAACAAUAACAAAUGCUGCUGCUAAAGUUUCCAUGCCCCCUGUGUUUGAGGGGAGAGAUGAUUUGGAAAAUUCAUUCGCCGAUAACCAAAAAGACAAACAAUUUGACAAUCAAAUCCUGGAACAUGAGGAAGCAUGGUCUGGCUGUUUAAGUCAUGAAGAUCUGUUCGACUCAAGCUCUACAAUCCAACACAGACCUAGAGAAGCAUGUACUCUGACCAGCAUUACUGCUGAAAAGAGUUGCCAGGAAAAAGAAUACAGUGCCAGUAGUUCCCCAGAUGGUGUUAAAAUGGACACAGUGAACGAUGAAAGUGCCAUUAAAUACAUUCAGAAUGUCCCCCCAGAAAACAGUGAAAAAGAUUCAAGUAGUCAGAAUUGGACACUGGAUGGAAUGUCAAGGGGUAGAGAUAUUAUGAACCCUUCUCUGGAGAGGAGGAACCAGAUUCUGAGUUUGGCACAAGUGACACAGAUCCAGCAAAGCUGUGCGGUUCAAUGCAAUGAUGUAUCACCAACAAUAACAAAUGCUGCUGCCAAAGUUUCCUUGCCCCCUGUGUUUGAGGGGAGAGAUGAUUUGGAAAAUUCAUUCACCGAUAACCAAAAAGACAAACAAUUUGACAAUCAAAACCUGGGACAUGAGGAAGCAUGUACUAGAGAUUCUUCAGAUGGAAAGACCAGCCCUAAAAAGACCCUAAUUGGUUCUUUGGGUAGGAGGAGAUGCCGACAACCUAAACCCAAUCUAAGCAGAGUCUCCAGGGGUCUAUCUGUCAUUUCAGCAAAGAGUAAUGAAGGAAUGAAGGAAGUGAAGGAUGCCACUGAAGAACAUCUUCAUGAUUUGAAUACUGUGAGAUGUGUAGAGAACAGGUCUGGCUGUUUAAGUCAUGAAGAUCUGUUCGACUCAAGCUCUACAAUCCAACACAGACCUAGAGAAGCAUGUACUCUGACCAGCAUUACUGCUGAAAAGAGUUGCCAGGAAAAAGAAUACACCAGUAGUUCCCCAGAUGGUGUUAAAAUGGACACAGUGCACAAUGAAAGUGCCAUUAAAUACAUUCAGAAUGUCCUCCCAGAAAACACUGAAAAAGAUUCAAGUGGUCAGAAUUGGACACUGGAUGAAAUGUCAAGCAGGGCAUAUCACCCAUUGAGAAGUCCCUCCAUCAGAGAAAAAAUCCCUGAAGCUGUAAUGGAGAAGGACAUGCAACCAGUGAUAGCAAUAUCUAGCACUGUAAAGGCAGAGGUUGUCACACAUCUCCCUCCCAAAGGGGACUCUUGUGGUGUUAUUACCACAGUGGAAAUGGUUACAGAAGCUGUGACUACAGAUGUUACUGAGCAGGAGCCCACAUUUAUCCUUACACUGGUCCCAGUGAGUGAGGUGCCCCCACCUCCAGAAAGUACUGAACAACAGUCUGAAAUGCUGCUCCCUGCAUCCCAGAGGUACUCAACACAAUACUCAACGCUGGAAAGGGAUUUUGUCUCUGAUCAGGUGCUUAACACUUCCAGCUCAUCUGUUACACAGAAGGACACUAAGGAUCCUGAAGACUACUUUGCAAAACAUAGCUCAAAAAGAAAUGUGCCUGAGGCUACAAAGAAGGAAGAGGCCACCCUUAAUGAGGAGCCAGAGCAGCUGGAUAUACUGCCAUCCUCACCCAAAACCGUCCAGCCUAUAAGUGUCAAGAGUAGCACAGAGGAAGCAGUCACAGAUUCUGCCAAGGUUGAGAUGUCACAGGACACUGUGUCCCUGUCAGACCUCUCAGUGAAGAAUAAAAACAAAGAAACUGCAGAAGACCAGUCUAGUCCAACUUUCAAAAGUGAAGAGGAAAUACUUAAGUCAAAUCCCCUGAUCACACCAUUGUUUUUGAAGGCCUUAAAAUUUCAGAACAAUAAUGACGACACCGAAACAGAGAGGAAAAUGCCUUUAGAUCUCCCUAUUUCCAGUCAUUCGUCUGCCUCUGAUAUCAACGCUACAUAUUCUCCCAGUAGUCCCACUAAGGUAUAUUCCAGUAUUUCAGAACCUGCUCAAUGUGAAUUCCUCUGCGCCAAUGUGAAAGAGAUCGAUGAAGAGCCCACAAAUGUCUCUGAAUACUUCUUAAGUGACAUCUUUACAGAAGUGAAGGAAUCUGAGUCCGACUGAAGCCUCAUUAGGAAAUGCCCUGUCUAGCUAUUUACUAAACCCUGUCAAGAAGUCUGCUACUGCACAUGACCUCACGGUGGAGCGUGGUUCUCCUCCCACAUUCUUUAAAUUACAUUAUUUUUUUACGUUAGUGCCUUGUAUUGUACUGAUUUAUAUUAGGUGGGUACUCUAAAGUUAUUUUUGUUUUCUACUGAAAGGUUAGGUAAGGACUACUGAAAGAUUUGGUAGCAUAUGAAAAGACUUCAGAUUGAGAUUUUGAAUGUACUGUAAUGGCAAUAAAUGGAAAAAUGAAUGCACUAAAUGUGGUUCUCCUUUACAU